GGACCGUUUAAAUUAUCGUUUCCAAGUCCUAAGCCAUUUCGCUCUCGCUACGAGUUCCUCUCUCUCUUUGCUUUGGCACAGUCACUCGUUCUUCCGAUCAAAUUUCUACUCCUCGGAGAUUCGCUAAUGCGUCCUGUUUCGAUCGCUCCAUCCAGUUUCAUCUAUUUAUCUGCACUUCGCUGCCGCUCGACGCCGACGCCGAUAUUGACUGGUUAUCUUCCAUGGUCAGAAAUUGUUAGAUGAAAUGGUAGAUUUUUCUACGUUGGAAUAAAAUAAUGGUCUGGAUAGCAUUAUUUGGAACAAGCCAUUGUCGAGUAGGAAUUGGGAUAUUAUGCAUUUGUCCCUCUAUGCCAAGGAGUUAUGGAAGGUGAUAAGACUAUCUCAACACCUUCAGACAAUCCUGAGGUUCGUGAUCAGAGGAUUCGUGCUCUCCAUGGGAGAACUAGUGGCCCAACAAGACGUUCAACGAAAGGACAGUGGACAGCUGAAGAGGAUGAAACUUUGCGACAAGCAGUUGAUCAUUUCAAAGGCAAGAACUGGAAGAAAAUAGCUGGAUAUUUCAAGGAUCGGACUGAUGUACAAUGUCUGCAUAGGUGGCAAAAGGUUUUAAAUCCCGAGCUUGUCAAAGGUCCAUGGUCUAAAGAGGAGGAUGAAAUUAUCAUUGAACUGGUGAAUAAAUAUGGACCAAAAAAGUGGUCCACAAUUGCAACACAUUUACCUGGUCGUAUUGGUAAGCAAUGCCGAGAAAGGUGGCACAAUCACCUCAAUCCUAAUAUAAACAAAGAAGCAUGGACCCAAGAAGAGGAGUUAGCUUUAAUUCGUGCUCAUCAAAUUUAUGGCAACAGAUGGGCAGAGCUAACAAAGUUCUUACCUGGAAGGACAGACAAUGCCAUAAAAAACCACUGGAACAGUUCUGUCAAAAAGAAAUUGGAUUCUUACUUGGCCUCAGGCUUGCUCACACAAUUUCAAGAUCCAGUUCCCGCUGGCCAACCAAACCAACUGCUAGUUUCAUCUUCGAAGGUGCUUGGUAGUGGAAAUGACUGUGGUUUGAAUGGAAUGGACACAGAGGAGAUUUCAGAGUGCAGUCAAGAUGCAACAGUUGCUGAUAGCUUUCUGAGCGAUCCAGCAUGUGCGACUCUGAAUAUGAGAAAGGAAUUUCAGUUGAUUGAGGAUUUAGGGUUGGGAAAGGAGCAAAGUUCCAGCCCAGUAUCCAGUUCAGAACCCUGCUACCCUCCUCCCAUGGAAGUAAUUACUUGUCCCAUUGCUGAGUUUGCUCAAGAAACGGAUCACUCUUUGUCACCUUCACGGAAAAAUCUCUCGCAUGAUUGUAGAACAACUUCAAAUAGGGAGUACCAAUGUGAUUUGAAUGAGUUUCCCAACAUCUCUUCGUUACAAUUGGGUAAAGAAGCAUCACAGUUUCAAUCAAUUGGUAAUGGGACGGAUGAGAGUCAUGGAGCUGGCGAUUCUGCUGAAACUUCUUUAAUGAUCAAAGGAGCUGCGGCUUCUGCUCAAGCAGAGUGCAUGUUUAUAUCUGAUGAUGAAUGUUGCAGGGUCCUAUUCUUAGAUCCAAAAAGUGACAGAUGCGAUCUGACUAGUAAUCUUAAAGAAGGACCUUGUAUAUCUGAAAUGUGUGAUUAUGAAGUUCCAGUACACUCCUUGGGAACUCCAAAAGUGGAAAAUAAUCAUGCUUCGGCUUCACAAACAUAUAACCAUCCUUCAGGAACUGAUGUGCAGGAGAAAAAUUCCUUCUGUCAAUCCGGCAUGCUGAUUCCAUCCAUGGUUUCUGUCAAUAGUGACAUGAUUUUAUUAGGUGGUACUGGAUCCAACCAACUAAUUGUAGAAGCCCUAGAGCACAAAUGUGUACGUAGCCAGUUGAAUGGGUUUGUCUAUCAUGGUGGAACAUCCAAGCCUUCCUAUUUUGAUGUUGCAGAUAACCCAGAAAUGCAAGAACGGCCUGGUGGAUCAGAAGACCUGCCAAAACCAGUUAGUGUGGAUACAUUUGCAACAGCAGCAGCAGAUGGCACAGGUACUUGUACUCGAUCAGACGAAAGAGCAAAACAAAAUGACGAACAUCAAGACUCGGGAGCUCUUUGUUAUGAGCCUCCUCGUUUUCCAAGUUUAGAUGUUCCCUUUUUCAGCUGUGAUCUCAUACAGUCUGGAAAUGAAAUGCAGGAAUACAGCCCACUGGGUAUUCGCCAGUUGAUGAUGCCUUCUCUAAAUUCUGUUACUCCAUUUAGAUUAUGGGAUUCACCAUCUCGUGAUACUAGUCCAGAUGCUGUACUGAAAAGCGCUGCCAAAACUUUCGCCAGUACUCCAUCCAUUUUGAAGAAACGUCACCGUGAUUUAAUGUCUCCACUUUCUGAAAGAAGAAUUGACAAAAAGCUUGAAACCGAUGUGACAUCCAGUUUGACCGAAAACUUUUCACGUUUGGAUGUUGUGUUCAAUGAUGGGUCUGAUAAAGCUUCUAUAUUUUCUCCAUCUAACCUGAAAAAGAGUACUGGAGAUUCUGCUGAAGACAAAGAAAAUAUGUGUUGUACCUUCGAAGAAAGAAAAGAGAAGAAAGAUGAUAGUAAUGAAUCUCUAGACAUCAUGGUUUCAGAGAACAGUUUUCCCAAAAGUUGUUCCCAAGACUAUACAAAACAAGGGACUGCUGAUACCGAGAUGGCAGCUGAAAUUGUACCUCCUGGAGUCCUGGCUGAACAUGAUGCCAAUGACUUGCUACUCCACUCUAUUGAUCAAAAAGCUCUCAAUUCAAGUACGGGAAUUAAGAAACGACACUGUCUAAGCAGAUUGGAAGAUGCAUCAAUUCCGGACAAUGUUUCGAAUGUGAUGACGGGCGAACUACCUGUCACUUCAUCUGCUUUCCUUGAGAAGAUAGAUUCUACUCGGCCACAGACUACGGCCACUCCGUUACCUGGAGCUGGUGAAACUCCAUUUAAGAGAAGUAUCGAAUCCCCUUCAGCAUGGAUGUCUCCUUGGUUUUUCAAUUCUUUCCUACCCGGCCCAAGGAUCGAUACAGAAAUAUCGAUCGAGGACAUUGGAUACUUUUCGAGCCCUAAGGAAAGAAGCCUUGAUGCAAUUGGGUUGAUGAAACAAGUAAGCGAGCGAACGGCAGCUGCAUGUGCCAACGCUCAUGAGGUAUUGGGAAAUGAAACUCCAGAUACACUACUCAAGGGAACGCGUAUGAAGCAUCUCCAUUGUGAUCAAACUGUUCUGGCAGAGUGUCGGGUGCUGGACUUCAGCGAAUGUGGGUCCCCAGGGAAAGUGGGGACAGAGUGCGUGAAAACUACAGCUGCGACCACGCUACCAAUAGCAAGUCCCCACCCUUCUUAUCUUCUCAAAGGCUGCAGAUAACAAAUCUAUCUGGUACCACCACCCACUUCCCCCUCCUUUUUCCAAUUUCUAAAUGUAAUGUGUUUAUGUUCAUGUCAUUCAAUACAAGGAAAAGGAGAAAAAAAAUGCAUGUGUUUACUUGUAAUUCCAGAUUAUUAAUCUGAACCGAUGGCAUCCACUUGAAUGAAAAAAGCCUCAUUUUAAGGGCA